CCCCCCGCCCCCCUAUUUAUAUAAUUAAAACCCUUUUCCCUUUAAACCUUGUUUCCAUGGUGAUCGUUCUUCUUCGACUUUAAUAUAAUCGAAGAUUUCUUUUGGAGGAGAGCAGGGUUUUUUUUUUCUUAAAAACCUUUCAGUGUUUUAUUGACACGUCUCUCCCUUCCCUUCCCUCCCAAGCUCUGAAAAUCUCCCUUCCAUCAUUUAAUUCUCUUUUCUUUGAGAUCUUCACCCACUGAUUUCAUCUAUUCAUGCGAUUGGUUACUAUUUUUAAAAAAUGGCACUGAAACCGAAUUCACCGGAUGGUAGAACAAGGAGUUGGGUUCAGAUAUUUAUCGUUUUUGGAUUAUGUUGUUUUUUCUACAUAUUAGGAGCAUGGCAACGAAGUGGUUUCGGCAAAGGGGAUAGCAUAGCUUUAGAGAUAACCAAACACGGCGCCGAUUGUAACAUCAUCCCGUCGUUGAACUUCGAAACCCAUCACGCCGGCGAAGUGGGGAACGUCGGUGAAUCUGAAAAGAUCAAGUCUUUUCAGCCCUGCCCUCCUCGUUACGUUGAUUACACGCCUUGCCAAGAUCAAAAGCGUGCCAUGACUUUCCCCAGGGACAACAUGAUCUAUCGGGAGAGGCAUUGUCCCAGGGAGGAAGAGAAGUUGCAUUGUCUUGUCCCGGCACCUACAGGAUACGUGACCCCGUUUCCUUGGCCUAAGAGUAGGGACUAUGUGCCUUAUGCUAAUGCUCCCUAUAAGGCCUUGACGGUAGAGAAGGCUAUUCAGAACUGGAUCCAAUAUGAGGGUAAUGUAUUCAGGUUCCCUGGUGGAGGAACGCAGUUCCCACAAGGCGCGGAUAAGUAUAUUGAUCAGCUUGCUGCUGUGAUCCCGAUUACGAACGGGACUGUAAGGACUGCACUUGAUACCGGUUGUGGGGUUGCGAGUUGGGGGGCAUACUUGUGGAGUAGAAACGUCCUUACCAUGUCGUUUGCACCAAGAGAUUCACAUGAAGCACAGGUUCAGUUUGCCCUUGAAAGAGGUGUUCCUGCUGUUAUUGGUGUUCUUGGGACCAUAAAAAUGCCAUAUCCAUCCAGAGCUUUUGAUAUGGCUCAUUGUUCUCGUUGCUUGAUUCCAUGGGGAGCAAAUGAUGGCAUGUAUUUGAAGGAGGUUGAUCGUGUUCUUAGACCAGGUGGCUACUGGGUACUUUCUGGUCCACCAAUCAAUUGGAGGAACAAUUACAAAGCAUGGCAGCGUCCCAAGGAGGAGCUUGAGGAGGAACAGCAAAAGAUUGAGGAUGUUGCCAAACUCCUUUGCUGGGAGAAGAAGCAUGAGAAGGGUGAAAUUGCCAUUUGGCAAAAGAGAGUCAAUGAUGAGUCUUGUCGUGGUAGAGAAGAUGAUUCUCAAGCCAAAUUCUGCAAGGCUGAAGAGGCUAACGAUGUCUGGUACAAGAAAAUGGAUGUGUGCGUUACUCCAUACCCUGAUGUUAGUAGUUCGGGUGAAGUUGCUGGUGGGGAAUUGAAGCCAUUCCCAGAGAGGCUAUUUGCUGUCCCUCCUAGAAUUGCUAGUGGAAGUGUUCCUGGAAUUUCAGUUGAGACAUAUGAAGAGGACAAUAACAUAUGGAAGAAACAUGUCAAUGCAUAUAAGAAAAUCAAUAGACUUAUUGACUCUGGGAGGUAUCGUAAUAUUUUGGAUAUGAAUGCUGGAUUGGGAGGAUUUGCUGCAGCUCUCAACUCUCCCAAAUUGUGGGUUAUGAAUGUGAUGCCUACCAUAGCAGAGAAAGAUACCCUGGGUGUCAUAUAUGAGCGAGGAUUAAUUGGCAUCUAUCAUGACUGGUGUGAGGCUUUCUCCACAUACCCAAGGACGUAUGAUCUCAUUCAUGCACAUGGUCUAUUCAGUUUGUACAAGGACAAAUGUAAUUUGGAAGACAUUUUAUUGGAGAUGGACCGAAUUCUGCGUCCAGAAGGUGCGGUUAUAUUCCGUGAUGAAGUUGAUGUUCUAAUUAAAGUGAAGAAGAUAACAGCAGGAAUGAGGUGGGACACUAAGAUGGUAGACCAUGAAGACGGUCCCUUGGUUCCUGAGAAAGUAUUGGUUGCUGUUAAGCAAUAUUGGACCGUUGGGGGAAACACGACAUCUGCACAGUAAACAGCAGACGGCGACAAGCUUAAACCGUGGCAUGAACUGAGUUUGUGGAUUAUAUGAGUUUGACAUCAAUUGAUGAAUUUCCAGCCUGAAAAUUUUUGCCAGCAGGAUUGUUUUGGUGGGUCACAGGAUUAGGUGAACUAAGGAUCAGUCUGUAUUCAUUUGUAUUAAUUUAUGAACAGAUAGCUAUAAACUAUGCUUCCAAAGUUUAAUGAUGAUUGAAUUAAUCUUAUUUUUUGUUUUAA